UUAUUGCAGGGACUGUACAUGUACAUGUAUAUUGUACAUGUUGCAGAAUGACACAGAAUGAGAUCACUUUUAAUGACGAAAUUUGGAAAGAUAUCAAGAGGCGUAGUGAAAAAAAUCAAAAGAAAUUUCUGAAAUGGCAUUUACAAGCAAGGGAGCCGAUCAACAAAUUUUCAGACAUUAAAAUUGGCGAUCAUUUGGUGAAAAAAGCGCCUAGUCCAUUUACGAAAAACGCAUUGUAUUACCAUCAUUUCCUUUGCACUGGACGCGAUAGCGAAGGAAAGCCAAUUAUAACUCACUACUAUAACACUCCAGCUAAUGCAAUAAAGCAGAUAUUUACAACAUUAUCCUUCGGUUCAGGGUCCGCUAAAGGGCAAAUUGCUAGUGUUCAGGAAUAUUCAUUGCCGCAUGAAGAUUUCAUCAAAAGCGAAUGUGAGUUACAAGAGAAAGGCGGCGAAGUCGAAAGGGUUGUUUGGCCAGAUGAAUUAAAACGUUAUCCUGUUGAAGAGGUCAUUAAACGAGCAAGAAAAAGAAAAGAUGAGACUUUGUAUGAUUUGAUAAACAAUAAUUGCGAGUCCUUUGUGAUGUGGUGUAUAUGUGAUUGCAACAUCAGUCUGCAAGCGACAUCAUUCAUCAGCGCUCUUGUCGAAUUUGUAUCUGGCAUUACAAGUACGUUCUUUAAAGGAUUGCAGCAAGUUCUUCAGAAAAUCAUAAAAUUUUGUCUCGUCAACACCACGUUUUGGAAAACGAAUUCUUUAACCGAGGCAUGGAGGCAGGCUUUUUCAAAAGAAAAUGAUCCAAUCUUUGGAAUAGUUUUGUCUGUACUUGCCGAAAGCAUUAAUGCUGCAAAAAGCAUUUAUGACGCAAGAGAAAAGUGGGAAAAUGGAGUAUUGAUAACCUCCAGAGCAGAAUAUAUUAAAGCAGUCAUAGAAGCUGUGGUGUUGGCCUUAAUUCGCUCGGGCUUCAGCAUUGGGGGAACAUUAAUUGGUCCCCUCAUCCCUAUUCCCUUUGUUGGAAGUUACUUCGGAGAGUUGAUUGGCACCUUCGCUGGACAUCUUGUCGGAAAGGGAUUCUCAAAAAUCAUUUCAGAGACUAUCGCUUCCUGCAUUUGCAUGAAUGAUAGCGAAGAUAAAACAAAUAGGGACAACGAAUUAACUUCUUCAGACGCAUUUCAUGAUUUGCAUGAAUGGACUGCACAUGCAUGUGUAUUCAGACUAGGAGAGAAAAACAGAGAUCAGGGUAAUUUAAUUAAUUCUCCCUCUUAAGUAGAAAGUUGUAGCUUGACGUGUUUUCCUACAUCGCUGAACCGCGGCUUGGCGUUCAGAUUUUGCCGUUUGCAGUUUACGGUUUUUAACGCUGUAUAAGUGUAUUUAACGUACCUCAUUUACCUCAGCAAUUUUUCAUUGCAGUUGUGUCACGUGUUUUGUGGUAAUUCUCUAGCUUGUUUUCAAGGUGUAUGCACGCGGCUUGACGUUGAAAUUUUGUGGUUCACGGUUUCAACCGCUAGGGGUCUAUUUUCACGUAGGUUAUUUACCUCACGCAGGUUAUUUACCUCGUUUUGCACAUUGCAUUAGUGCCCGUUUCACGUUUAAACACUUCUAUAGUAGACCAAUUGGAUAUGCAAUUUUUCUAUGGUAAUUUUCUAUCCUGUUUUCAAUGAUUUUACCGAUUUUCUUGAAGAUUUUUCUUCAAUAACACAGCUGGAAAUAUGGCGGUUUACCAUGAUAUCUUAGUUCGAUAGUCGCUUAAUUAAUAGAGGUUCUUUUCAACCCAGGCACAGAAUACCUAUCGGAAGGACUCGUCAUGAUUCGUCACUCAGCAAGUACCGUAACGAAGAAUUGCGUAGAAUGACGUGGGCACUUCUGAAAAAUUUCGGACACGAAAACAUUAGCAAAAUGCAAAGAGUGACAAUAGAGUUGUCCUUUUGAUAGGUAUUCUGUGACCCAAGUUUAAACGACAUUUGAUUUAAAAAAAUGGAGCACUAGACAUAGAUAGUACUACGGAAUACUAAAUACCAAUUUUGAAUCGCUGUAACAUCAGGUAUAGGUAAGUGACUGCUAACUAAAUGUCAAAUUUGCAACAACGGCAACGUCAACUGCUACCGUGAAUCCGCGGUUUGCUCUAAACGUCUAAAACUCUCUAAUACGUUUGGAAAUACGGCGGUUUGUCAUGCAACCCUUAUGUAACGAUCUUUGAUCAAAAAAAUUAUCAAGCGUUUGAAACAACUGAAAGCAAUUUAACAGCGAAAUUCUUUAUAUAAUGCCAAUUUUGACACCGAACUUAAUGCGAAUUAAAGUAGUAAAAACGGUAAGGUCGAACCACUAACGCGAAACAGCGGUUUGCCGUAAAAGUCAAACUAAAACUUUCUAUUAUCAAACCACUGCAUGAUUGGGGAAUGUGUGACGUAUUACCUUAUAACCAAAGAUAGACGAUAUUGCAUGCAUUGCGUUAUGUCCGUAUAUUUAUUGCAAAAUGGCAUUAUUAAAUAAAUAUUUAUAUUUCUAUACAUUUAUAUUUAUUCAUUAAUGUUGUGCAACUCGAUAUAAUUAUUCGAGCUUCCACCCUUGCAAUGGUGCAUGUAUACGGUGAUUGUUAUUUGUCAGGCAAACUACAUGUAUAAAACAA